AGUGACCAUGGCUUUCCUUAAUGUGGUGGUGUUGGUAAUGCUUGCAUGGAGGGGCACGACUGGCCUGCACUUGUGUAAAUCGUACACCAGGAAACUUUGAUCUCUAAAGAUCAGUUCACGAUUUCCAACAACCAAAUAUCGACACCAAGUUGCGCACAAUUCCCAUGCAUACGACGCAUGCUCUGAACAUAACACUCAGCAAUCAGACGCGAUGCCCUUUGCGCAGCUCAUUCUCGGCGCUCCAGGCUCUGGAAAGAGCACCUAUUGCGAUGGCAUGCACCAGUUCAUGGGCGCCAUUGGUCGUGCAUGUUCCGUGGUCAACCUCGAUCCCGCAAACGAUCACACAAACUACCCGAAAGCCCUCGACAUUCGCGACCUCGUCAAGCUAGAAGAUAUCAUGGCUGGUGACAAGCUGGGUCCCAACGGCGGCAUCCUCUAUGCCCUGGAGGAGCUCGAGCACAACAUGGAGUGGCUGGAGGAAGGCUUGAAAGAAUUCAGCGAAGACUAUAUUCUCUUUGACUGCCCGGGUCAAGUCGAGCUAUACACACACCACAACUCUCUGCGCAACAUCUUCUUUCGACUGCAGAAGAUUGGCUUUAGACUCGUCGUCGUACAUCUCUCCGAUUCGUUUUGCUUGACCCAACCCUCGCUGUACAUCUCCAACCUGCUCCUGGCCCUUCGCGCCAUGCUCCAGAUGGAUAUGCCACACAUCAAUGUCCUAACCAAGAUCGAUAAAGUCGCCUCCUAUGACAAUCUCCCCUUCAACCUCGAAUACUAUACCGACGUCGAUGACCUCUCGUAUUUGAUCCCAUACUUGGAAGAAGAAUCGCCGGCAAUGCGCAACGAAAAGUUCAGCAGACUCAAUGAAGCCGUGUCAAACAUGAUCGAGAGCUACAGCCUAGUCCGGUUCGAGGUCCUCGCAGUCGAGGACAAGAAGAGCAUGAUGCAUCUCCUCCGGGUGAUCGACCGAGCAGGAGGGUACGCCUUUGGCAGCGCAGAAGGCGCAAACGACUCCGUCUGGCAGGUCGCAAUGCGCAACGAGUCGUCCAUGAUGGAGGUCCAGGAUAUCCAGGAGCGUUGGGUCGAUCGAAAGGCGGAGUACGACGAGCUGGAGCGGAAAGAAUGGGAAGAGCAGGCCAAGAUGCGGGAGGAUGAUGAUCCAAACGCCGGGCAGGCGCCGCCGCCGCCGGCCGACGAUUAUGAUCCGGACUUUGGCGACAUGACGAUACCUGCAGAUAGUGGCAUAAAAGUAGUACGCAAGAACAAAUGAUACCCUUCAGCCGUCUUCUUCAACCAUGUCAUUCUCGUCAGAGACAUCCGACGCGUCGAACAUGACCGCGUCCUCGGCUUCGGUCCUAAACUCUGAGAAAAGCGGCAACGCGCCGGCGGCAGCAGCCGCGGAAGAGUCUUUGGCGGCGAGCACGAGCUGUCUAGCCUGUCGAACGGCCUCUUCCUCG